AUGCGCGGCAAGGGCAUACGCACACGCGCUCUUCGCGGUGACGCUGGUUUCACGCUUAGGCUGGCCCGCUACUGCCACUCCGCGCUCACGCCAGCAUCUCACACCGGCACCCUUCAACAAAAACAACAGCAGCAGCAGCAGCAGGAUGUGGAAGCCGGCGAAGCGGACGGCGGAAGCACCACCGCCACCGGCAGCCCACAGGGGCGCCCCGCACCCUCUUCAACGUACGCUGGCGUGCGUGUCGAUUCAUACGUCUUGUCGCCCGUUUUCGAAGAGCACCACUGUCUCUGGCAGUGGCGCACAGUGGCGUGGCACGAGAGGCUCCACGCCGUUCCGUUCCUACUGCACUGCGCUCCUGGGGUCCCCCUUUGUCAACCAUUUCUUCAUCACACCGUCGCUGAAGCCAUCGUCACACCGCGGGGCCAGAGCCAGUCGGUGCAAACACCCGCGGACGUCAGCGUGACAGACUCGACGUUAGCCACCUCACCCGUUGGUGCAAAGCGGCGCGGAGGGGAGGGGAAAUACGCGGCGCUGACGAUGCCUUCUCCAAUUGGCGUACUCCCCGUGAUGGUCGCAACGCCAUCAGUGAGUCAUCCCAUGGCUGGGUGGGUUGGCGAGCUGUUCGCUCUGUUGGAGCGGGGGACGGCGCAGGUGGUGGGCGGCGCAGGUGGUCGUCCGGUGCACGUCUAUACCAACGUGUUCGGGCAUAGCAGUGAGAAUAUUCCCCCUCCGCCUGCUAUUGCCGACGUCAAAAACAUCAGUAAGAAUCCUCAUACUGUGGCGCCUAUUCUGGAGCGGUCUCGUUGCAGCAUUCCGUUAAAGCAACGCAAUAUCAUUGGUUGUGGCCUGGCAGAGGUGGUAGUGGCAAUCGAUCGCUAUGCGGCAAUGCUGGCGCGGCGUGAUAUCACAUAUGCGAAGGCCUGCUGGGCGGUGUUGAUCGAUAGCAAAGCUGACGUGCAGCCGUACCUGCGAACCAGCGCCGUGGCGAUCGAGAAGGAACUCCUCGCAGCGACUGCAGCGCAUGAAGCGCUGAACGCCGCGGUGGGCGAUCCCNACCAGCGCCGUGGCGAUCGAGAAGGAACUCCUCGCAGCGACUGCAGCGCAUGA